AGACAGCCCUCCUCAAUGCAACGCUCAUAACCCUCUGGUCGACGUCCCUCGUGUCCCCCUUCUACUCCCCUCCCUCCCCCUCCACCUUCCAGAGGCCCCACCACCGCCUCUCCCGGCCACGGAGGCACUCCCAUUCCCCCAGAUCUGGAAUCAGACCACGCCAUGUCGGACGAUCCAGCCAAGACAUUCACGCGACCGACGCUCAAGAGCUGUCUCAAGCUCACUCCUCCAAUCACCCCAGAUCUCAGUGCCGCCCCCAGUCCGUGCACGUCCGGGCGCACGUCGCCGUCGCUCGCCAGCGACAUCGACUCCCGUUGCAGCAGUGCUGGAAGGAAGACGGUCUCGUUCUGUGGAGGCAACGAGCUCGAGGAGAUCUUCUUCGCAGAUGAGUGGGACAGAACGCCUGCUGCUGUCACACCGAAGUUGUCGUACCAAGAUAUACUCGAGCUGAAGCAACUCCGUAUAAACCUGCCGUAUUCCCCUCCUCCCCCUCCGCCCCGCCAACCAUUUACGACCUCUCUCCCGUCCACCGCCAAGCCUGCCUUUCCGAUUUCCCGCUUCGCCACCGCUGCCUCCCAUACUCCCUCCAAGUGGAAGAAUCGGUCCGAGCCCCAGCGCCACGACGUGGACCCUGCGAUCCUCCCAUACCUUGACGCUGUUCCCAUCCGCCUACUCCCGCUCCUGCCCCAGUCUUCCCCCGAGCCUGAGCCCCCAUCUGACGCGCCGGAGCCCCAUCCCCAGACGCCGACCCCUACCGCAUCUCCCGAGGCAAGACCGACCAUCCAACCACCUAGUGAACCGCCGGAGCUUCGGAUCGUUGAACCGGCCAUUCCUGCUCCCGUACAACCCACCCCCUCACUAUCUCCUUCGGCACCCUCGCAACCUCGGACGAAGAAGCCAAAUUUCUCUUUCUUGCCUCUACUUCCUAUUGAGGAUACGCCUGCCCCUGCUGCGCCCAUCAUUCAAAGUGCUCCCAUUCCACCGAGAAGGAAGUUCAACAUGACUUUCUUGCCCGUCAACGCUAUGCCGGAUCUAGAGCCGUCGUCAUCCUCCGCACAGAAUCUCAUAGAUCAAGGCACUUGCACACUUUCCACGAGCGCCCCGUUGCCAUCUCUAGCACCGUCCGUCAUUGGUACUGAUCCGUCAACGCAGACAGACGCUGGCCACCUCAGCUCCGGGGCUGCUGAGGUCGCUUCGCUCACUCCUACAACCAACACGUCGGACGCACCAACCGUGUCUCCCCCGUCCCUGUCACCCACACUCCCUGAUACCUCCCAGCUGCCCAUUGCGGUCGAGUCUGACACGGACACGGACAAUUACACUGACACGGACGCUGAGAGCGAUGCCCCAAGCACCAGUACAGUCGCUAGUUCGCUCCCAUCGCCACCAUGUGAAUUCGAGAGCUCAGGAGGAGAGCUCGACGAGCUCAAGCUCGGUAAGGAGCUGGUGUUUUCCGACAACCUCCCGCGCAUUCAUCCACAGUUGGAUGCAGGGUCGUAUUUCCCUCCCGUCCCCAUCGAGAUACUGGAUCUGUCAAACCUGCCCGGGCACGUGCAAUUGACGGAGGUCGCAUACUCUACCGGUCCUGGCCAGACACCACCACUGUCCGUGCUCUAUCCUUCCCCGAGGUCGCAACCGCGCACACUUGCUCCUCUCGACGCCGCGCUCGUCCCCGGAUCGGUCGAGCCCUCGGAAGGGACGCCCAUCGUCCCCGCCUCGCUAGAAGACGACGCUGCCGUACCUCCUCCGCCCUUCCGUCCUGCCAUAUCGCUCCCACCGAGCCUGGUCGGCAGCGCGUCGACGGGCGAGUCCUCCCUGCCCACGACGCCGCUCUCGAUGAACCGCGUCCUGCAGCAGAAGCUCACGCUCGAGGCGCUCCCCAGCCCCGCGCUCGCCCCGCCCAGCCCCUUCGAGCUCGAGCCGCACCACAUCAGAGCAGGCGCGAGCCCCAAGCGCCUCUCGUUCGCCGCGGCGUCCGCCGCAGAUGGGGACAUCAUCACACAGAAGCUCGGGGGCCUCUGCGUGGAGGAGUCGGCGGAGCCCGCGCGGCCGGACGCGACGCCCGUCCUGCGCGCCGCGGGCACGCCCAGCGGGGAGUCGUCGCCGAUGCUGACGCUCGAGGGCCUCCGCGCGUCGUGGGACGCGAAGGCGCGCGAGCGGAUCGCUGUGUCGAGGGCGGGCCCUGUCCUCGUCCCGUCGCUCAUCGCACCCAGCCUGAGCAGGAGACGGUCGUCAUGAUCCCAUGAUCUCCAUGAUCUCGCGUCCAGGUCGGCCCGCCGAGCUGACAUGCGCUCGACGUGGUCUGUUCCCCUCGGCCUGCGUCUGCCUCAUUCCGUGAUCCGCAUAUAGCCACUACACGUUCGCGCCUCGCCAUGUUCGCAUCUUCCGUCUAGCCUUUCCCGCAUUUUUUGUACCGAUCUCUCGACCGUUCUCCCCCCCAUCGCUUUCGUCCGCCCACCUAGCAUAGUAUCCUAUGAACACUACCUUAUUUCCUAUGCGCUCGCACUCCCGCACGUCAUAUCGCAUCUUCCUCGUCGCAUCGCGUCCUGCCUGCCGCACACCACAUCCGCACGCAUGUUGUCACAUAUCGCCCGACCCCCUAGUAUACCAUCAUAAU